UCUGGAGCUGACGUCUCGCAUUUGCCACACACUAUAUUAUUCAUAGUCUGUCUUUGCUGCCUUGGUGAUGUACAUAGAUCAAGUUGCGAUUGCGUGAUUUUUUUCUUUCCAUUUGAAGAAAAAAAAAAAUAUUCCCCUUUUUUCCUAUCGUGCUCCUUAAAGGAAUAAACUUAAAUUUGCGCGCACCACCUGGUUGUCAUUCACACACUUAUCCCGAAGGAUGAGUUUCCGCAUCCAAAUGACCCUCUUUCAUUUACCCAACCGCGACAACAAAAUUUACUGUGUUACAAGUAACCAGUAAAUAAAAAAACACAUUCGCUUUCUUCGAUUUAUCGUGUAUCGGUCUCUUGUGAAACUGUAGCGAGGUCAGCAACAUUUUUAAAUUGCAUUUUGCAAAGAGAAAGGAUCGUUAUUAUUCGUGUUGUUUAAUAUUUUUAUUAUUAUUAUUUUUUUGUUGAUGAUUGAAUUGGAAAUUUGUAUUUGCAUUGGAGUUUUUCCAAGUUUUUUGAUAAUCGCGAUUUUCCAAAGAAAAUAACAAAAAAAAAAACUGAAAUCCAGUACUAAACAAAAGAGCUGAGCACCGAACUUGCUUUUGUUGUCUGUGGUCAUUUCGCACCAAAAAAAGGUCGUUUAUUUUCCUUUGUGGGUGUUUUUGGUUAUAUUUCGGCAGUGUAUGUGUGUAUAAAUUAAAAUAAAUUAAGUGAAAAAUCUCUUAAGCGAAGAAAUUUAUCCAUUUGGUUGGACAACAAGACGCGACGGUGUUUGGUGGUCAAUUAACUUCCCUCUCGGUAAUUUCUAGUUUUUUUUUUUUUUUCAUUUUGCGUGUAAACAAGCCACGACAGCGGGCACGACGACGACCAUCGUUGUGUAUUCGGCGGUGAAAAUGCACAAAACAACUUAAAUAUAAUUGUUGCAAAAUAGGUUUUGAGAAAAACCAAAGAAAAAGAUAAAAAAAAACCUUUCAUUCGCGUUCAUAGUUCAACAACUUUUGCAAUAAAUCAGCUUUUUUUUUUGCCUGCCUGCGGUAUUGUAAUUAAGCCAACAGAAACCAUGCCGAAUCAUGCAGAUACACCAAUCUGCCAAAAGAAAAACGAAGAAAUCUGUAGACAUACAUCAAAUGGAAUUUCGAAAAUAUUUUCAAAUUGGAAUACAUCACAGAAUAAAGCCAACAAAAUGAUUCUACAUGGAAAAUUGUUACACACGAAUUUUAUGUUGCAUGUUAUGAUAACAAUUGUAUUAUUAUCGCUGGCACCACAUGUCAUAUGCCAAGUUUGUGGACCACCAGCAGUUCCGCUGAAUGCAAAAGUUCAAACAGUCUCUGGUGAGAGUGGGAUAUUGGAAGCAACUUACGAAUGUGAUUCAGGAUAUGAAUUGUUUGGCCCACGAACUAUAAAAUGUGAUCCAAAAUCUGGUUGGGAUAAGGAGCUUCCAUUUUGUGGAACAAAUGUAGCAUACAGAAAACCUGUCAAUCAAAGUUCGCAUACGAGAGCUGGGCCAGCUAGUUUUGCCAAUGAUGGCAAUCAAGGAAAUCAGAAUCCAGAUGGACAAGAAUGUUCUGAAACACAAAAAGAACCAUCGCCAUGGUGGCGAGUCGAUCUCCUAACACCACAAUCAGUUCGUGUGGUUCGAAUAACAACUCGUGGUUGUUGCGGCCACCAACCAUUACAGGAUCUGGAAAUACGUGUGGGAAAUAGUAGUGCAGAUCUACAGAGGAAUCCCCUUUGUGCUUGGUAUCCGGGUACAUUGGAUGAGGGUAUAACAAAGACAUUUACAUGUGCCCGGCAACUUGUUGGCCAAUAUGUCGCAAUUCAAUUGGUGGGCGUUGAAGGUAGUUUGAGUCUUUGUGAAGUUGAAGUAUUCACAAAUGAAGAAUUCUCUGUUGAACGUUGUGUUAGUCCGAAUUUAAGUGUGGAUACGGUUUUGUCAACAUUUGCAAAGACUUGUUACGAAUUCCAUGUGACACGUGGAGAGAGUUUUGAAAAAGCUAGACAAAUGUGUAAAUCAACAGGUGGAGAUCUUGUGCAUGAAUUUCGCGGUCCAGCUAGCGAUUAUAUUCUCACAGAAUUGGAACGAAGAAAAUCAGAGUUAAAGACUCAACUUGUGUGGAUUGGAGCACAAAAGGAACCCGGUAUUACUUCUCGAACAUGGAAAUGGGUGAAUGACGAAGUAGUCUUGAAACCUGCUUGGGGAAAGGACCAACCUAACAACUACAACGGUGAACAAAAUUGUGUUGUACUCGAUGGUGGCAGAAAUUGGCUGUGGAAUGAUGUUGGAUGUAAUCUUGAUUAUUUGCAUUUUAUUUGUCAACAUGCUCCCUUGUCAUGUGGCUCACCAGACUCAUUACAAAAUACUACAGUUGUUGGUAAAAAUCACACUGUUGGAGGCUCAAUACAAUAUAACUGUCCAAAAGGUCAUGCUUUAGUAGGAGAAGAAACUCGAAAUUGUCUCAACGAUGGAACAUGGAGUGGAAAAGCUCCAACUUGUAAAUAUGUUGAUUGUGGACCUCUUGACAGUCUGGAACAUGGAUCAAUUCUAUUAUCAGAGAAUCAAACGUACUUCGGUGUUCAAGCCACUUAUAGUUGUCAUGAAAACUAUACUCUAAUUGGUCAUGAAAAUCGAACUUGUGGAAUUAGUGGCUGGACUGGUAAGAAACCAGAAUGCUUAGUCGAUUGGUGUCCAGAACCACCACAAAUUCCUGGAGGAGUGGUCAAGGUUACCGAUAAGAGAGCUGGCACCACUGCCACAUAUCAAUGUGAAACUGGCUACGUUUUAGUUGGAGAACCGGUUAUUUCAUGCGGUCUUGGUGGUGAAUGGUCAAGCAAACCACCAUCCUGCAGAUUUGUUGACUGUGGAGCUCCAGCUCGACCGGAUCGGGGUACUGCUCAUUUGGUUAAUUCUUCAACUACAGUCGGAACCAUGGUAAAAUAUGAAUGUGAUGAUGACUACUGGUUGGUUGGACCAUCGGACUUGGUUUGCACCAAAGAAGGAAAGUGGUCAGGAGAUGCUCCUGUCUGUGAAUUGGUAACAUGUGAUACUCCACAUGUACCACCUGGAUCCUACGUUGUUGGCUAUGAUUACAAUGUGCGUUCAACAAUUCAAUAUCAUUGUGAUCCUGGACAUGUUUUGAGAGGAAACUCUGUUUUGGAAUGUAUGGAAAAUGGAGAAUGGAACUCCGAAGCACCCGAUUGUGAAUAUAUCGAUUGUGGAGCAAUAACACCACUUCCAUAUGGUAGCCACAAAUAUGUCAAGAACACAACUUACGUUGGAUCAGAAGUUGUAUUUAGCUGCUCGCCCUCGCAUAAACUUACAGGAGUACCAAAACGAACGUGUUUGGAAAGCGGUGUAUGGAGUGAUUCAACACCUAAAUGUGAAGAAAUUCGUUGUUCCGAACCAGUAUUGGCUCCACACAGUCUUCUCUCUGUCACCGGAAAUGAUCGCAUGUAUGGACGAACUCUUAUCCGUACAGCCGAUUCAACUGCUAAUAGUGCCCAAACUUACAGAAUUGGAGCACUUGCAAAAUAUCGAUGUGAAAGAGGUUACAAAAUUGUUGGCGAAGCUUUGGUAACUUGCGAAGAUACUGGUCAGUGGAGUGGACAUGUUCCAGAAUGUGUUUAUGUUGAAUGUGGCCAACCACUAAAUAUCACUCAUGGAAAGGUUACUUUAGCAACCAAUGUGACUUACUAUGGAGCUGCAGUUCUUUACGAAUGUGAUCACAAUUUCAAAUUAGAAGGAGUUUCAAGACGUUUGUGUACUGAAGAUGGCACUUGGAGUCACGAGACCCCAAGUUGUAAUGAAAUCACUUGCGAUGAACCAGAUAUUAGUGAAAAUUUGAUCGUUGAUCCUGGAACACGUGCAGUUGGUUCCUCGGCCUACUUUAAGUGUCCAAAAGGUCGCUACUUAGUUGGCAAUGAUACGCGUGUUUGUCUGAAAAAUGGCAAAUGGACUGGAAAGUCACCAAUAUGUAAAUCGGUCGAUUGUGGUCGACCAUUACCAAUCGAAAAUGGACGAGUGAUAGUUGUUAACGAAUCAACAAUUUAUGGCGGAUCAGCUGAAUAUCAUUGCAUUCCGAGUUUCAAUCGUAUUGGACAAUAUCUUCGAAAGUGUAUGGAAGAUGGUAAAUGGAGUGGAGAUGAACCUCGCUGUGAAAUAGCAACAACUGAUACUCAAGAAAGUUCUGGUAUUGGUACUGGAAUUGCAAUUGGAGCGACAGUCAUAAUUGCACUACUCGUUAUCAUUCUUUUGAUAUUUUUACAUCGAAAUAAGGCUAGACCUGUGAAGAAUACUGAAAAUAUUCAAGCUGCUGAAUCCAAAGAAGAUCGCAAUGCUGCUGUGAUGUCAUAUUCAACAUUGGAGGCGAAUAAUCGAAUACCAUUGGAUACAUCGCCACCAGCUACGUUUAAUACGUUCCAUGGUGGGAGAGCCAAUGGAAAUGGUACAAAUCGAUCAACAGAGAACAUUUACGAUCAAAUCCCCAGUGAGCAGUUUUACGAUGCCCCCUAUGAAAUGCGAACAAAUGAAGAAGUAUACGAACCUGAACCUACAGCGGGCAAUGUUAUAACAAUAAAUGGUAUUUCAGUUCGAUGAGAUAAAUUACAUGAAAUACAAUAUUAGCUUAAAUAUUUAAGAAAAAAAAAAAAAAAAAAAAAGAAACAAAUAUUACAGACCAAGUCUGUAAGAGAGUGUGUGUUAUUGUUAUUUGACUGAGCCAAAUUUGUUUUUAAGGAUAUUGUGACCAUAAAGUUAUCUAAAAUGAAAUCGAAGAAAAAAAGUAGUGAUGGGUCUGGGACGCCCAUCUAAACAAAAUCAUAAAGACAACAAAAAAAUUGUUAAAAAUGAUUUUGACGACUAAAAAAAUUUUAACUAAAUAAUAAUUUUAUUUUUAUGUAAUUAUGUAAAUAAAUAUAAUGAAGUGUGAUGAUUUAAUUAAUUUUAUUAUUAUAAAUAAUAGCU